AUGAGUCGACUUUGCCAGUUAGUCCUGCUCGUGUUUUUGGUGGGAUUAUUAAGCCGUGUACAUGGCUUGACUAACUCGCAGCUCGUUGCUCAAUUUCUUAAUCCGCAGAACAAGGCGAGCAAAGCCGUUGGGGUUCCUCUGCUUAAAUGGAACAGCAGGGCUGCAACUUAUGCUCGUAAUUAUGGUAGACAAAGAAAAAAUGACUGCCUACUUCAGCAUUCAGAAGGAUCACCCUACGGUCAAAAUAUCUUCUGGGGAGAAGGCCCAAAUUGGACACCUCGACAUGCAAUGAAUGCAUGGAUUGAUGAGAGGAACUGGUAUAUCCAUGCCAGUAACACUUGCACAGGCCCAGAUUGCACACACUAUACUCAGAUUGUGUGGGCCACAACCACAAGUGUUGGGUGUUCUAUCAUGAAAUGUAAGAGCAGGGACACAUGGGUUAUAUGCAGCUAUGAUCCCCCAGGCAACUAUAUUGGUGCUAGGCCUUAUUGA